CACCCAGGCACCCCUGGAUGCAUUUAGAUUUCUAUGUAGUCUUGAUCUAAACUGUCAGCCCAGAGGGAAAUGCAGGAGAUGGAAAGGAAGGCAGACUCCUGGAAUUCUAAGUCUUAUUGCUAUUUUCUAGCAUUUCAACCUAGUGACGGGUUGUUCAUUGACAGCAGAAAUUCACAUUCUUCUCUCCCUCUCUCUCUCUCUCUCCCUCUCUCUGUGUAUAUGUAUCUGUGUGUAUACAUAUACACACACACAUAUAUUUGUGUAUAUAUAUACAUAUAUAUUUCAAAAUAUAUUGAAAAUUCCAGAAUUUAGCUGAGAAUUGCAGAAUCAUAUAGAAACAGUGGGGACAUAUUUAAACUCGGUCUCAUGGAGACUUGGGUUCUUUAAUGAGGCAUGAGGAAGAAGAAAGUGCCAUCUCUGUUUUAACAAGAUUUUACUUUUAUUUGUUUUAUAAACUGGGAUUGCAUGAAAAAAAUUUUUUUUAAUCAGUUUCAGAGCUUUAAAGAAAAAACCAAAACAGGCUCCAGUGCCGUGCCCACAGCCCACACCGAAGCUCAGUUUCCCUGGGUUUCUCACCUCAGCCGUCUUUUCUCUGGGCCACAUCAUUUCUUACCAUAACUUUGGUCCGUAUAUUUAAAAUCCUUAAUACUUUGGACCACAACAUAAUACUUCACUGGCGGGUACCACUUUUCAAGACAGCCUAUGUUCUCACAUGAAAACUAAAAGCUUAAUAUUCUUGAAAAUAAUUCAUCUGUGUUGGUCCUUUCUGCCGUGGAAAGAAAAUAUGGAUUGGUAACGAUGAAACUGUACAAGUAAUUGAGACCUCAGAUCAUAUUCCAGCUUUAAUGGUUUCGUGAACUAAGCCUCGAUUUCUUGCCAGUAUAAUUACACUUACAAAACAUGCCAUGUCCUCCUUAUAAGGAACAGUGUUUAUAUUGUAGAUGUGAAAUGUUAAAUGACGUAACACUUGGAAUAUUAUAUUUCAGUGCUUUGCAAACUGGAAGUAAAGGUUUCCGGAAUAGGUUUAUGGAAAGCGAAGAAGAAACUCUAACCUGAGUAUGGAUUUUGAAGAAAGAUUCCUCAACACACAAAGGAAGAAAUAAGCUGGUGGAUAGCCCUCAGGAAUGAUGUCCUUUUGCCACAAUGUCAUUAAUAUUUCUUGUGUGAAAAGCAGCUGGUCAAAUGAUGUCCGUGCUUCCCUGUACAGUUUAAUGGUGCUCAUAAUUCUGACCACACUCAUUGGCAAUCUGAUAGUCAUUAUUUCCAUAUCACACUUCAGGCAACUUCAUACCCCAACGAAUUGGCUCAUUCAUUCCAUGGCGACCGUGGAUUUUCUGAUGGGGUGCCUGGUCAUGCCUUAUAGUAUGGUGAGAUCUGUUGAGCAUGGCUGGUACUUUGGAGAAGUCUUCUGUAAAAUUCACACCAGCACUGACAUUAUGCUGAGCUCGGCGUCCAUUUUCCACUUGUCCUUCAUUUCCAUUGACCGCUACUAUGCUGUGUGUGACCCACUGAGAUACAAAGCCAAGAUCAGUAUCUUGGUUAUUUUUGUGAUGAUCUUCAUUAGUUGGAGUGUCCCCGCUCUUUUUGCAUUUGGAAUGAUCUUUCUGGAGCUCAACUUCAAAGGAGCUGAAGAGAUAUAUUACAAGUACAUUCACUGCAUAGGAGGUUGCUCUGUCUUCUUUAGCAAAACAUCUGGGGUACUGGCCUUUAUGACUUCUUUCUAUAUACCUGGAUCUAUUAUGUUGUGUGUCUAUUCCAGAAUAUACUUCAUAGCUCAAGGACAGGCAAGAUCAAUUAAUGAUGCAAUUGGAUUGGAAGAGAAAAAUGGAAUGUCACAAAACAAAGAAAGGAAAGCUGCAAAGACUUUAGGGAUUGUGGUGGGAGUUUUCCUAAUAUGCUGGUGUCCUUUCUUUGUCUGCAUGGUCAUGGACCCUUUCCUGGACUAUGCUAUUCCACCCACCUUAAAUGAUGCAUUGGUCUGGUGUGGCUACCUGAACUCUACUUUCAAUCCAAUGGUUUAUGCAUUUUUCUACCCCUGGUUCAGAAAAGCACUGAAGAUGAUUCUAUGUGGUAAAAUUUUCCAAAAAGACUCUUGUAGGUAUAAACUAUUUUUAGAGUCACAUCCAUAGAAUUAUUAUAUUUACUGUUUACUGCUUUGCAAAACAGCUGGUGAUCAUAAUUUUGAACACAACAUAGUUAACCACAUGCACCAAUUGCGGGGUCUUUCAUCAAACGUUUGAGCCAAAGAAUGGAUAGUGACAUAUAAUGCUUUUAUUUCACUUCCUUUUUGGGACACAGUGGAUGUAAUCCUUGCCAUGCUUACUAUUACAUAGAAGCUUUGCAAGUCCAGAAUUUAAGGCCCUACGUUAAGAGCCUUUCUUGCCCUUAGCUGAAGUGCCAUGAAUUGACAAUUGUUCAAUGCUGGAAAUUAUGGGGCCGCAACUGGAUAUGCAAAUUAGAAUUACUUUGUCAUCCAUUUGCUCGAAUAUAUAUGUCUUUUUGUGAAAUCAAAUAAAGUGCACAUUAAAUGAUAUUAAAUACUUUUUAUACAUAAUUUGCUAUUUAUCAUGAAUUCUUAUUAAUAUAUAUUCCACUUUUAAAAUAUUUUGAUUUUCAUCUUUUUAUAAUAUGCUUUCUUGAUUCUCAUACUUGCAGAAAUUUGGAAAGUAAGGAAAAAAUAAAAAUAAAUAUCGUAUAGAAACAAAAUGAAAAUAAAGAUAUCACUCAUAGUUCACCUCCUGAAAAAACUUAAAAUUCUUGACAACAUGAUUUUUUGGUAACUGUAUAAUGUUACAAUGUAUGGAUGCACAAAGAUUUUUUUAGACCAUUUCUCUGUUGACCACUUAGACUUCAGUUUCUUUUUUUUUUGUUUUGUUUUUUACUAAUGGAAAUGAAACCAAGUUUCUGUCUGUUACCUGCUACUGAAAGUUAGGAAAGUGUCUGAAAGGAUUUCACUGUAUUUCAAGGUUGUGCCUGGUAUGGCAGGGCUCAAAAUACAAGCUGUAGGAAGUAAGACAAAUCCACUUGUUGGGUUCCAGGCUGCAUCGGAAGAGAAACAGCCAUCCAUCAGCGCAGCCAAGCAUGAGGGAUUAACAAAAGGUACAAUCAGAAUAGACAUGCCAUGCCUGUUAAGAUGGCAUCUACACAAAGAAAAAAAGGAACAGGGGAGCCUGGGUGGCUCAGUCGGUUGAGCCUCCUCCGGCUUCGGCUCAGGUCAUGAUCUCACAGCUUGUGAGUUUGAGCCCCGCGUCGGGC